AUGGCACUCAAACAAGGCCCUCAUUUAUUCCCACUGUACCUAAAACGGUUUGGCAGGCUAUAUGGAGCUGUCCUACUCGCCCAAAAAUUAGGAAUUUUCUUUGGAAAGCCUGUACGUGCUUCUGGUCUUGCUACUGGGGAGGGCCUCUCUAACCGUCAAAUAUCUAUUGAUCCUCAAUGCCACAGAUGUGGAGCGUCCCCUGAAACCACGACUCACAUUCUUAUUGAAUGUUCUUUUGCCCAAGCAGCUUGGUUUGCCUGCCCUCUCUCUGUUAAUUUGUCGACCACUGCUCCUAACAUUCCAGAUAUCAGUGCUUGGAUCUCUCACUUGUUAGAUAUUUCAAAGAGGGAUAAAGCUCAAGGCCGCUGGGUGCAAGGACUCUCCUCCUUUAUGUGUUGGUAUAUUUGGCGUGCACGCAAUGAGUCUCUUCAUAAUGGUACUGUGAUCUCCCCUAUGGAUGUCUUGGCUCUGGCCUCCAAAGCUUUUCAUGAGUUUCUUUCUGCCUCAGAGAGUGGUAAGGUGUGUUCCCCUUCGUCAGCACCUUUGGUAGACCUGUCGAUUAAAUGGACUCCUCCCCCUGCUGGAUUCUUAAACCUCAACUGUGAUGCUUCCCUUCAGCAGGAUAAUCCCCUUGGAGGACUCGGUUGUGUUAUUAGCAACUCGGCUGGUAAACCAAUCUUAGCCUGCUCCUACCCGGCUUCCUUUUCUACCAUUGCUCAAGGAGAAGCGUUAGCUAUUCGAAUUGGCCUGAUGCAUGCGAUCCCGGAAGGAAUUGAUCGUCUCAUCGUGGAAUCGGAUAAUAAGGCUAUUAUCCACCUGUUGGCAGACCCCUCAGCCCGGCCUCCAGUCGAGAUUCUCCCUGUAAUAGAGGACAUUACAUUUUUACUUCCCUGUUUUGUUGAAUGUUCCUUUGUUUUUAUUCCAAGGCUUAUCAACAAUGUAGCUGAUACCUUGGCUAGGAGGGCCUUUUCUCUCGAGAGUGAGAUGAUCUGGCUGUUGUCCUCUGCAUGGCUGACCCAGUUGUGUAACUCGGACUCCAUGUGUACUUCACUCUCCUAG